AUGAAGCAGUUUGUAUGCAAUAAACGCGGUCUAAGAGAUACAAAACACUUAAGGAGGCUUGAUAGAAAAAGAGAACACAGACCUACGACCCGCACUAAUUGUCCUGCUAGGCUUCGUGUGCAUUACAACCCCCAGAAGGAUAGUUAUGUAGUGUCAUGUUUUGAAGAGGCUCACAACCAUGAAUUAACACCAUCUAGGUUUGUCCACUUACACCCCAUUUAUCGUGAGAUUACUGUAGCAGAUAGAGCUCAGAUUGACGGUCUACAGUCAAAUGGAAUUAGAACUUGUCAUAUAAUGGGGUACAUGGUUGCUCAGAAGGGUGGACACGAUCGUGUUGGGUUUACAAAGAAGGAUCUGUACAAUUAUUUUGAUAGUAAAAUGCGUGCUAAUAUUAAAGAUGGUGACGUUGCCGCUGCUAUAAAUUAUCUAACUGUGAAGUCAUCUACUGAUCCCAUGUUAUAUGGUAAAUAUGCCGUAGGCAUGGAUGGACGAAUGAAGUCUCUUUUUUGGGCUGAUAGAAGCAGUAGAUCUGACUAUUUUUGUUUUGGCGAUGUGAUUGCGUUCGACACGACUUACAAGAAGAACAAAUACAACUACCCAUUGGUUAUAUUUUCAGGGUGUAACCACCACUCUCAGACAGUUAUUUUUGGUGUUGCGUUGGUGUCAGAUGAAACGACAGAGACGUAUAAGUGGUUGUUGGAGUGUUUUUUAGAGUGCAUGGAAAAUAAAUACCCAGAAGCAGUUGUAACAGACGGAGAUGGGGCGAUGAGGGAAUCUAUAAAACAGGUGUUUCCGGAUGCGACACAUCGUUUAUGCGCUUGGCAUUUGAACAAGAAUGCGUCUGAGAAUGAUCAAUUUGAAGAGUUUUGGUCAAAAACAAUUAAAGAAAACGGACUUGAAGGAAAUCCUUGGGUUGCAAAAACGUACGAGAACAGGUCACUAUGGGCAACUGCAUAUCUACGUGAGAAGUUUUUUGGACGUAUAAGAACUACGUCUCAAUGUGAAGCCGUCAAUGCAGUCAUCAAGAGUUAUGUCAGGAAGAAAGGCUGCAUUUUUGAAUUUAUGCACAAUUUUGAUCAGGCUAUGAGAUCUUAUAGAAACAAUGAAUUGAUUGCCGAUUAUAAAUCAAAGUUUUCAGAACCUGUGAUGACUACUCAACUGCGUGCCCUUGAGAGCCAUGCUGCGAAAGUUUAUACUAUGGAGAUUUUCAAGGAAGUCAAAGAUGAAAUAGUGAAGGCUGGAUCAUUGAUUGUUAAGGAAAAGUUAAUUCGCAACGGAUUUAAGACUUAUCGAUUUACAAAAUAUUGUUGUGAUAACUAUGACGUAGAGGUUGUGUAUGAUGGUGAAACACUUCAAUGUGAGUGUAGGUUAUGGGAUUCUCAUGGGAUUCCAUGUUCUCAUAUGUUUGGUGUCAUGAAGGAAGAACAUGUUAGUCUCAUUCCCACCGGUUUGAUUUUGUCGAGAUGGACGAAGGAUGCAAAAAUUCAAUACUUGAACAUGAAUUGUAAUGGUUCUGAUGAUUCUAAUAUGAUUGAGCUAGCUCGGUUUGGUGCAUAUUCUUCUGCAUUUACUGCCUUUUGCAAUGAAGCUUCAAAAAGGGAAGGUGUUUAUGGGGAAAUAAUGGGUGACAUUCUGAAGUUACACAAAAAGUAUUGCAGUACGGACGAUCCUAUUUUGGCAUCGAACUCAGCUGUAGGUGAUCCAAAUAUUGUGAAUAGCAAAGGUGCUCCAAAGAAAAAAAAGAAUGACAUAAAAGCUAUUAGGCGAUGUUCUAAAUGCAACAGUAGAACUCAUAAUGCAAGGAGUUUUUCGGUUGCGGAAAACGCGCCAUCUGAACAAAAUGUUGGUAUGACGUCGCGGCCAGUAACUGAUUCAUUCAGCCAAGUUGUGAAGAACAAGAAUGGAAAAAGAGGUCGCAUUGGUGGAAGUAGUGUGCAAAAUAAAUGUACAGAACCACCGAACUCUCGUGGCGCGAAUGUGACAGCGACUUCUCGCGCGGAAGUUGGAAGCACAAGCAUACCCAUGCCUGCAAUGUAUGGAUUGCAACCCGUGUUGCCAGCGGUACAACCGAUGUUGCAUCCAAUGCAUUUACAACCGUUAAUCCCACUAUAUCCAACGACAGUUGCGGAAAAUUCGGGUUCGUGUUUCGGUAGGCCACAACGACUGAUGAACAAUGGUGGUACUUGA